GUCAACUCUAUCAACCAAAUCAAAUCUCAAUCUCGUGCGCAGACCGAACAUUCUACUAGACCCGGCCUAUAUACAGAGUAUAAUCCAUUGAUCGUCAAGAUCGCAAUCAAAUUUGCGGCACGGUUCAUUUUAUUUUCUGCGCGCGUGUUUUUAGUCCACAACCUUUCAAAAAACCAAAAAAAAACCGAAAUUUCAGUUCUCGGUUAAGUUAAUUACGGCCGUGAGAUAAGAAAACUAAACCUACACACGUCAAUUUACGCACACAAAAAGUUUAUGCAACAUGCAUUCAUCAAUUUUGGAAGACUCGCCCAAUGCGCGCAUCAAUAAGACGAUCUUGGAUCGCUAUCUAGCCCUGCCCCUGGAGGAGAACAUCGUCCAGGCGACAUACGUGUGGAUCGAUGGCACCGGCGAGGAUCUGCGCUGCAAGGAUCGCACCCUUGACUUUAUACCCUCAAGCCCAAAGGAGUUGCCCAUUUGGAACUACGAUGGCAGCUCGUGCUAUCAGGCGGAGGGCUCGAACUCGGACACCUAUCUGUAUCCGGUGGCCAUCUACAAGGAUCCCUUCCGUCGCGGCAACAACAUUCUCGUCAUGUGCGACACGUACAAGUUCGAUGGCACUCCAAGUGCCACAAACAAGCGCAAGUCCUGUCUCGAGGUGGUCAACAAGUGUAUCGAUGAGCAGCCCUGGUUCGGCAUUGAGCAGGAGUACACAUUCCUCGACUUUGAUGGCCAUCCAUUAGGCUGGCCCAAGAACGGUUUCCCCGGUCCCCAAGGUCCCUACUACUGCGGCGUGGGUGCCAAUAAGGUCUAUGCUCGUGACAUUGUCGAUGCGCAUUAUCGCGCCUGUCUCUAUGCUGGCGUCAAGGUGUCUGGCACCAAUGCUGAGGUGAUGCCAGCCCAAUGGGAAUUCCAGGUUGGUCCUUGCCUGGGCAUCUCCAUUGGCGAUGACUUGUGGAUGGCUCGCUUCCUCUUGCACCGCAUUGCUGAAGAGUUUGGCAUUGUCGCCACUUUGGAUCCCAAGCCCAUGCCAGGUGAUUGGAACGGUGCUGGCGCCCACACCAAUGUGUCGACGAAGGUGAUGCGCGAGGAUGGCGGCAUUCGGGAGAUUGAGAAGGCGGUAGCCAAGCUCUCCAAGUGCCACGAGCGUCACAUUCGCGCCUACGAUCCCAAGGAGGGUCAGGACAAUGCGCGUCGUCUCACCGGCAAGCACGAGACGAGCUCGAUCAAUGACUUCAGCGCCGGUGUGGCAAAUCGUGGCUGCAGCAUACGUAUUCCACGCGGCGUCAACGAUGAUGGCAAGGGUUACUUUGAGGAUCGCCGACCCAGCUCCAAUUGUGAUCCCUAUUCGGUGGUCGAGGCAAUCUUGCGCACCAUUUGCCUCGAUGAAUAAGAGAACAAGCAACAUCGAAUUACACGAAUUAUUAGAAUUCCAUCAUUCUGUCACUUGAACCGGACCCGGACUCGGAAAACUAGAUGUAGGCCCAAAACAAAACAAAAAAAAAAGAAA